AUGUGAGUGCAGGUGAAAUCGUGGAGCAUGACGUUGUUAGCAGGGGCGUUGUUUCUCUGUGGCUAUGUUGCUGUUGCCACUGCAGCGGAGUGCACACGAGCAUGCUCCGUUCUCACUGAUCCUGAUCUUGUACCUUGCUGGCAGCAAAGCACAGAAUACUUUGCUCAGACUCUGUCCAAGGCCAUAGAGGACUUUGCUGCCAUCAACGUCCAUGUGUCUAGGUGGAAGCAGAACCACAAGGAGCAGAGUGACAAAUAUGCUGAGUUUGACCACGAAAUUGUGAACAAGACACUGGAUGGAAUGGAUUUUGCUGGAACUACGCUAAGCAAAGAGGAUCUGGCUGAGAUUUAUAAUUUGAUUCUGAAUAAGACAAGGAAAGUCGAACCAAAUUAUGAGCAGGAAGAUGAACUGGUUGAGCUGCCUCAUGUCGAGUGCCCUGUUCCUUGCUCGUACACAGUCACCAUGUGGAUUGCCCUGUUCUCAGUCAUGAUUGUUGUCACUUUUCUCACAUUAUUGGUGACAGGUGCAUACUUGUUUACUCUCCAUAGGAUGCAGAAAAGUCCACAUUCCAAACCCUUGGUGUCUUCUCCAAGCUAAUGUGUUAUUGCACAUAACUGUCACAGUUUUUAGGACUUCCCACAGCUGAUUUAGAAGCCUGUGAGUCUUAUGAGCAUUAUUUUCAUAACAUUUAUAUAUUGGUACUAAAUUUUCAAAAGAUAUCUGAUUUUGAAAACAAUUGAACACAUAUGUUUGUGUUAAACUUCAUAUUUGAUUUAUUUGUUUUGAAAAAAAUAGCUGUUUAUCUGCAACAGAAAGUAUGCUAACAUGACCACAGAGCUGAAAUGACUUAUUAACCGAAAAAAAGCAUCCUUAUUUGUUAUUUUGGGCCCAAAUGUGGGUCAAAGAUAAUUUAUAAAAUCAAUCUUCAAUUGAGGGCUUCCAAUCAUUCAUUUGAUGUGCAUAUUGUUGAGCUUGUGUCUUUGUUCAUCAGCAUUGUUGUAGUCACUCUCUGUUAUAUCUCUAACAUUUUGAUACACUACAUGCAGUUAAGCAGGUCUGUAGAAAUAAUCUCAUUUUAAUCUUCAAAUAUUUUAUUUCUGUAAUAAUGCAGGCCAUUUUUGGCAGAGAUUUUAUCCAGCCUGACCCUUAAGCUUGUCAUUGUAAAUUAUACAUAAGCGUAUUGGCAGCUUGAAACAGGUUGCAGGAAAAAAAUAUUUGAGCUUGUCAUUGUAAAAUAUACAUAAGUGUAUUGACAGUUUGAAUCAGGUUGCAGGAGAAAAAUAUUUGUAAAAUCCUUGAUAAUUACAUGGAUAUGAUGAAAAAUAUAUCAGAUAAGUGCAAUUGUCAU